CGCCGCCAUCGUCGUUGUACUAGUCUUGGGCAGAGAACAAGAAGCUCAAGGUCUGCGGAUGCCUAGUAUAAGAGCGGCCGCAGCGAGGUUCUCCCGGCCCGCGUGGUCAGCCGUUGGGGUAACAGUGAUGAGGAGGAUGCAGGGCAUCGGUGGUGGCCGCGCGCCACGCUACUUCAGCGACAGCAUCCGCUCCGGCAGGGUGCUCAGCGAGGAGGAACGCGCCGCUGAAAACGUCUACAUACAGAAGAUGGAGAGGGAGAAGCUGGAGAAGUUGAGGAGCAAGAAGGCGGAUCAGGAAAAGGCCGACGCAGCAAAGAGUGCCAAAGGAAACAACGAGGAAACAAUCCAAACAAACAAGGGUGAGGGAGCUCAUCCAAGCUGAUUACUCAGAUCGAUGAUCAGGUCCUCCGUUUCGGCGCUGCUGUUACAUAUGAUACAUGUUCGCAAAUGUAGUAUUUUUCCUUCUUUUCUGGAGUUAUUUAUAGAUAGAUCAGGUAGAUGCUGUGUGCUGCUGUGAAAAUAUGUGCUUCUCUGUUGUCCUUGGUGGAGAGGCAGGACAUUCUGUCGACCAGAAUCAUAUCUUGUCUCUGGAGUUUUCUCGGUGGAGCUUGUAGUAGUCAGGCAUGGGUCAUGCAUGCAUCUACAAGAGCGUGAGAUGCACCCGUUUGCAUCAGGCUUGUUUCCUUUAUGUCUUGCAUCAGGCUUUUUUUUUCCUGUAACGAAUAAAGCUAUAUAAGAAGAAUAGACGAAAAGUUGAC